AUAAGAACCCUAAUUUUACCUCUCAAAUCCCUUAUCUUUCCCAUUGGGAAUACCCAUUUCACUCUUUUAACUGUACUCGCAUCAUUACACCUUUUUAUUUCAAAAAAUUGCACCAAUUUGUACUGAUUUCAAUUGGGAUUUUCAGUAAAAGGAUGGGUGGAGAAGCGAUAGUUGUUCCAUUGGAUUCGUUAUCUCAACCAGCUUCUUUGAUUAAGAAAACCGCUGUUUCUCGGAGCUGGAUUUCGGUUGAUCCUACUGGACAGAGCACAAUUUUGGAUUUGGAUAAAUACGGUAUCAUGAAACGAGUAUCGAUUCACGCUAGAGAUCUGAGGAUUCUCGAUCCAUUGUUAUCGUAUCCAUCUGCGAUUUUAGGCAGAGAAAAAGCAAUUGUUCUUAAUUUGGAGCAUAUCAAGGCAAUCAUUACAACUGAAGAGGUAUUGCUCCGUGAUCCGCUUGAUGAUAACGUUAUCCCCAUUGUUGAAGAGCUUCAAAGAAGGUUGCCUUCGGUUAAUGUCAACUUUACAGGCCAUGGAGAAGAUGAAGACGGCAAUGGGGUUCAAAGCGAGGCUCAAACGAGCGAAUCAAAUGAAUUCCCGUUUGAAUUCCGGGCUCUUGAAGUUGCACUAGAAGGUAUUUGUAGUUUUCUUGACGCACGCACAAGAGAAUUGGAAACCGCUGCUUACCCUGCUUUGGAUGAGUUGACCUCGAAGAUAAGCAGCCGUAACCUGGAUAGAGUGCGUAAGCUCAAGAGUGCGAUGACAAGAUUGACCAAUCGGGUUCAAAAAGUAAGAGAUGAGCUUGAACAACUACUCGACGACGACGAUGACAUGGCAGACCUCUAUUUGUCGAGGAAAUUGUCGUUUGCUUCUUCCGCCAGCAGUGAUAUCGACGGUGCUUGGUCCCCUCCAUCUCCUACAAUAGAGUCGAAGAUAUCGAGAGCAAGCCGGGCAACGCCGUUUUCCAUCCAUGGCGAAAAUGACGUUGAGGAACUAGAAAUGUUGCUCGAGGCUUACUUCAUGCAAAUUGAAGCUACGUCAAAUAAACUGACCACGCUUCGUGAGUACAUCGAUGAUACAGAGGAUUACAUUAAUAUUCAGUUAGAUAAUCAUCGAAAUCAGCUGAUUCAGUUGGAACUGUUCCUACUAUCUGGGACAGUCUCAUUGUCUGUUUACUCAUUGGUGGCUGCUAUAUUUGGUAUGAACAUUCCAUACCCAUGGAAUAACAACCAUGGCUAUGUUUUCAAAUGGGUGGUGGUUUUUGCUGCAAUAGUGAGUGGUUCAGUGUUCAUGUCAAUAAUGACUUAUUCAAGACACAAAGGUCUUGUGGGAUCAUGAGAUCCAAAUGCAUUAGCUCAUUGUACUCUAUGCAUUGAUGGGGUUGUACCUUUGCUAGAAUAAGAAGUUGUUAGGCCCAAAAUAUGUUGUAUCCGAGAUUACCGAGAAUGAAGACGAGAGUGAAGAAUGAAGAGGUCAAAGCUUCCAAGUCAAAAUCAAAAUAGUCAAUAAUUCAUGUAA